CAGCAUUGCGAGAUCAGGCUGGUCUCCCAAGACGCCACUAGCUUAAUGAUCGAUAUAAUUACUGAUUAACUAAGGAGAGCACACAAUCACUCUCCGUCGACAUACGCUGCUUGCAAGGAACCUACAACCUACCCGCAUUGAAAAAUGUCAGCAAUCGAGCACCUCCCCGCAGCAGAUACUGAGCGAGCCGGCAAGGGCGAGAAGUUUGCAGAUCAGCGCAGAAUAUGUGGACUCACGCGCAAGGCCUUUUUCGUCGCCCUUGUUGUGGCCCUGGUAAUUAUUGCAGCCGCCAUAGGAGGCGGAGUAGGGGGGGGCAUCUCUGCAAGAAAUCGAGAGAAAUCCAGCAGCUCACCGACCAGUGUCACGCCAACCCAGACCUCGGCAUCGUCGUCGUCAGCAAUUUCGUCCACCACGGCCACAACCACCAGCUCCUCUUCCAGCGCCACUCCGAGCGAGACAACUCUCAACAACAUGACAAGCCCCUACGCAUUCGCCUUCCAAGGGUUCUCAGAGCCGAACUACAUGGGCAAGGCGUCGGCAAUCAUCCGCGAAAAAGGCUUUUACGACAUUGGGGUGAACGCUAUCAGCUACGUCUGGCAGACCAACAACACACAAUGCUGCGUCACCUUCUGCGCCGACGAGCACGAGUCCACGGGAUACCGAUGCGAGCCUCGCAAGCGCGCCGAGGCGUCCAGCGCGUUCCCGCGCGUGCAUAUUUGGUGCAGGGGUGAUGAGGGCCAGGCGAAUGCUAAUGCCACGUGUUCGUGAUUUGAUGAUGAUAGAAAACUGGGAGAACCGUGAAACGGGAAAGAAAGAAGCGGGGGG